AUGGAAUACUUCAGCGUCGGCCGCACCGCUGCCAUAUCUAACAUCACCCUUUACACCGUCGGCCUUGCUUGUGGCCCGCUCUUACUAGCACCGCUUUCAGAAAUGUACGGUCGCCGAUGGGUCUACAUCGUUGCGUCGUCCUGCCUUCUUGCAUUCACCGCCGGAGCGGCUGUCGCUGGUAAUUUGGCCACGUUCCUGGUUUGUAGAUUCUUGGGAGGUUUCCUGGGAUCUGUUGGUAUUGCUAUCGGCGCCGGAACUGUGGUCGACCUAUGGCCUGCGGGCCAACAGAGAGGGGCAGCUUCUCUUCUGUUUGUUCUAGGCCCCUUUCUCGCUCCCAGCAUUGCCCCGAUUGUCGGUGCAUAUGCGAUGACGGCACAUGACGGCGACUGGAGAUGGACAGAAUGGGUCACACUCUUCAUCGGAAUACCUAUUUGGCUCUUGGUGAUACUGAUGCAGGAGACAUCCAAGCCGAUGCCCAUGCAUCAAGGUGACAAUGUCGUGGUGACCGGAGGCCAAGUUGACAACCGACUCCGGGCCAUUUGUCUGCCCUUCAAAAUGCUCUGCAACGACUGGAUCGUCUUGUCGCUGACUCUACAUACCGCCUUUGGUUAUGCUAUCAUUUUUAGCUACUUCACAAGCAUACUAUAUGUUUUGAGUUCAGCGUACCAAUUCGAUGCUAAGAAAGCCAGUUUAAGUCUUCUGAGCCUCGUCAUAGGUUAUUUUUGCGCCAUCAUAAUGUGCGUCCACUUUGACAAAAGAUUCUGUCCAAGAAACGGCACUGGGUCCAUGGAUCACGUGCCUCCCGAAAAAAGGCUGUAUGCCGGUAUGGUAGGAAGUAUUUUGAUGCUCCUCGGUGAAGUAUGGUACGCGCUUGCAGCUCGCCAAGGUGGUCAUUGGGCUGUUGUCGUGGCCGCAGGUAUUCCCCUGGGAUGGGGGGUUUUUGCGCUGUUUGUGAGUGCUGCACCUGUCCGGAACACAAACAUCCAAUAA